AUGGAUCCAAGACUGAUCGCAUCCACUCAAAUCAGAAGCAUCGAAAAAUUGUAUGAGGUUAUACAUGAGAAUCCAUACAUUCUUGAAAUCAUUGAUGCGGUACCUUUCAUCAACACUCCUCUACAUGUAGCUUCUGCUUCUGGAAACCUUCCUUUUGCCAUGGAGUUGAUGAAUCUUAAGCCAUCUUUUGCUAGAAAACUUAACACACACGGGUUAAGUCCAUUGCAUCUUGCUAUAGAGGAAGGUCAUACACGUUUAGUUCUAAGUUUACUCAAGGUUGAUCCUGAUCUUGUUCGUCUCAAAGGAAGAGAAGGUACGACGCCGUUUCAUCAAGUAGUGAGAAGAGGAGAGACUGAUCUUAUGACAGAGUUUCUCUUAGCUUGUCCCGGUUGCAUUAAAGAUGCAAACGUGAAGGGUGAAACCGCUCUACACAUGGCGGUUUCAAACGAUAGAUGUGAAGAGCUCGAAGUACUCUUGGGAUGGGUCCAAAGACUUCGUCAGGUGGAUGCAGAAUCGCUAGAGAUGCAGUUUUUAAACAAACGUGACCAAGAAGGUAACACAGCCUUGCACAUAGCAGCUUAUCAGAACAGAUUCAAAGCAGUGAAGCUACUAGUAAAAUGUUAUGCGGUUAACCGGAACAUCCAUAACCGGACCGGUUUAACCGCUCUAGACAUCUUAGAUAGCCAGAGAGAGCAUCACACAAACAGAAAGAUCGAAAACAUUCUUCGAAAAUCGGGAGGUAAAAGCGGAAAAUCUCUUCCAAAAACCAAGAAAGUGUCGGAAAUAUUGAGAUAUCCGAUUAGUUUCACUGAGCAUUUGUUCACGCAGACAGCGAGGUAUAGGAACCAGACACCAGAAGGAUCAAGAAGCGCGCUUCUAGUGAUAGCCGCACUGAUAAUCACAGCUACUUAUCAAACAGCUUUGCAGCCACCAGGAGGUGUAUACCAAGCAAAUGCAUCAGAUCAUGAAGGUCAUACUAAUAGUAGUAGUAAGAAGAGUGUUGUUGGUACUGUGGUGAUGGACCAGAGAUAUUUCUAUGUGCUUCGGAGUGUGAAUAGUAUGGCUUUCGUUGGAGCCAUUUUCAUGGCGU